AUGUCCCAAGCAGCACGGAAUGUUGGCGGGAAGAUUGGCAAGAUGGCGUCCCAGGAGAGCCCUCUGACGAAAGGCGCAAGAAGAGAUCCUGAGCUCUAUAUCCUCGGGGCCAUCAUGUCGGGUGCAUUUGGCUUCGUUGGAUACUAUCUCGGCAGCAAGCCCACCGCCGCAACCUCCGAGACCCAGGUCCCCAUCGUGUCGAACAGCAUGCCAUGGCAGGUUGAUACCAAAGAAGAUCCGCAGCAUGGCGACUUCAAAUACCGCUACCACCCUGGGGGCGAUCUCCAUGCUCCUGCGAGGGAUGCUCCUAGUGCCCUACACAGCGUCAUCGUCCCUAAUGUCAACCUCCCUAAGCACCUCCACGAGAAAUACAACAAGUUUGGAAAGGAAUUGUGA